AUGGCUACAACCUUGCCUUUACAGCAACAGCGACUCUUUGACAAACUCGCGCGCGAUUUCGAUGCACGGGAAUAUGCAAAGGGCCUGCGCACAGCCGACAGCAUUCUGUCCGUCGUCCCCAACCACGCGGACACCCUCGCACUGAAGGGGUUGACGUUGCACCACAUGGGUCGUAAGGAAGAGGGACGUGAAAUCAUCGAAAGCGCCCUCGGUUUCAACGAUACUUCCACAGUUGUGUGGCAUUCGCUCGGGAUGUGCCACCGCGCAGAUGAUAAUCACGUGGAGGCGCUGCAUGCGUUCCAGAAGGCACACGAAUACGGCCCAUCGAACGUAAACGUUCUACGAGAUAUUUCAUCAAUCUGUGUACAAUUGAGGGAGUGGGAGCAAUUCGUGGACGUUCGCAGAAAGAUGGUGACCUUAAGACCAGGCGUCCGCGCCAACUGGAUUGCACUAUCCUGUGGCCAUCGCAUGCUUGGAAACAAGGAAUUGGCGGCUGCUGUGAUAGACGUUAUGACUACUAUAAUGGAAGCAGGAGAUAACAGGGCGGAGAAGAGCGAAGUGCGCCUCUAUCAGGUGGAACUAGAGUUGGCUUGUAAUGCGCCUGCCCGAGCAUUGGAUCUACUGAAGAAACACAGCCAGGAGAUCAUCGAUGAAUACGAAAAGGCGUCUCUUCGCGCCAAAACUCACGCACUUCUCGGGCAAAAGGUGGAAGCUGAGAAAUGGUACAUGGAGCUCAUCACCAGAGGAAUGGCGGAGGCGGAUUGCGUUGCCGCGAUUGCCCAAUUGCGCAAGAUUCCUCUUGACGCAGCCCGACGUCCAAAGCGUGAUGUGGAUAAAUACCUAGAACUUCUUAAACAAGUUCAGGAAGUAAACCCCAAGAGUAACUACGCCAAACGGCAGGUCCUGGAAUGUGUGCCUAUCGAGCAGUUCAGGGACCAACUUCGUGAAUACGCGGGGAUGUUCAUAGUGAAAACCAUUCCCUCGCUUUUCAGUGUUCUCAAAUCACUUUAUCAGUGUCCUGAUCGCACACAGCAUAUUGGUGAGGUGUUCCAUCAAUGGGAAGAGGAACUCAUGGCGGGAGAUUUCUCAAGCUUCGGUGGAAAGAAAGAUCCUACUUUUAUUUUGUGGGUUUGGAUGUAUUUGGCUUCCCACUAUUGCCGUAUACGUGAGUUUGGACGGGCUUUGGAGUAUAUUGGCCGCGCCAUCGACCACACACCAACGUUUGACCUUUUGUACCUCAUGAAGGCGAAAAUACAAGCGAAGAACAACCAGUUGGACGAAGCUGCGAAAACGGCCGAUAUGGCACGCCGGUUGGACCUACAAGACAAGUACCUCAACGGAAAGGCUGCCAAGUACUUCUUCCGCGCCAAUAAGAUUAGGGAGGGGGAAGCACUAAUGCAAAUGUUCUACAAGACCACUGAGGUACCUGACGAUACAUACCUUACUGCGCUGGAAUCCCAGUGCGCAUGGUAUGAAAGAGAGGUAGGGGAUGCGUAUUAUCGAAUGGGUGACUACAUCUCUGCACUAUCAAAUUACCUGAUGUGCGAGAGCCACCACCAACGUAAUCACAAUGAAUUGUCCGAGUUUCACAACUAUGUAUUUCGUAGGUGCACGAUGAGGGCCUGGUUUAACGUGAUCGCCUGUGACGACAACCUCGAAGAAAACAAAUUCUUUCAGAAACUGUGCCCCCGUAUCGUUAGGACAUAUAUGAAGAUUCAUGAGGAAGGUGAGGAGGCUGUGCGAGCCAAAUAUGCUCCUAGACCAGAAGUGGGUAAGUAUAGCGAUGUGGAGGAAGGAAAGCGUAUCGCAAACCUGAGACGUACAUUCUACUUGCACAACGUAGACAUCUCCGAUCCUCUCAAGAAAGCAGGGCGAUAUCUUCAGGCGUCCCUUCUGCACAAUGCGCUGUCAUCGGAGGUGCACCUCCUAGCAGUUGAGUUCUACACAAUGUGCCGAAUGCCCUUUCUCGUGGCACGUGAGUUGUUGAUUUUGGCUAAGUUGAAAUGUCCGUCGACGAAUGAGCUUGUUACUCAGUUCGAAAACAACCUGUUUCGUGAAAUGGCAUCCAGCAUGGAUCCACGGGUGGAGUCCAUAAUCAAGGAAACGCUUACUACCGCUUUGGAAAAACUGAAUUAA